GAGAGAAAGAGAGGAGAGAACGCAUUGGCAAUUCGGCAUGGGCAAACUGUCAACUGGACAAGUUUGUGACAGACAGGUUCAUCCCUCCGCUGUGAAGACUGAAGACGUAGGAGACGAGAAGAAAUAAAGAAGAUAACCCCCACAAACAAACAAACUUCCAAAAUUGUGUGAAGCCGUGAACGGAUGAAUGGUGGCGAUUAUGACUAAAAUGCAUUGAAAAGCGGGGAACAGGGAAACUUGCAGAUUUCGUCUCUCUCUCUCUCUCUCCAUCUCCAUUGUCCAGCCAGCGCCAUCAGUCCCAGAUCUUUAGGCCCUUCCCACCCAUCUCCCGACCUAUAUAAAUAGCAGCAAACCGAAAUAAAUGGCCGCGCCAUCUGUUAUACCGGUUGGUUGUGGCUAUUCCUCUCCUACCUUGUCCCGUCACGUUUCCAGGAAUGGAGGAGCUUAUUCACCUCUAGCUUCUUCGUCCUCCUCUUCUUUUCCGUCUUCUUGCUCCUCCUGCUCCUGUUCUUCCUCUCCGGGACUCAGCUUCUCUGCCGGUGUAAAUAGUAAUUGGAAACAUCAAGAUUUUAGAGCCCAAGCAAUGGAUACGGCCUCUCAAGGAAGUUUUCAAUCCUCCGAUGUACUGACCAAUGGAAGAAAUGACCCUGAUCAUCUUCUUGUUCUUGUUCAUGGCAUCCUUGCUAGCCCCAAUGACUGGACUUAUGUUCAAGCAGAUUUGAAAAAGCGCCUUGGAAGAAAUUUUAUGUUAUAUGCAAGUUCAUCAAACACCUUCACAAAAACUUUUGGUGGCAUAGAUGAAGCUGGCAAACGACUAGCAGAAGAAGUCAAACAAGUUGUAAGCAAGACAGAGAGCCUGAGAAGGAUUUCCUUUUUAGCUCAUUCUCUUGGCGGUUUGUUUGCAAGAUAUGCGAUUGCAGUCCUUUAUUCAGAAAACACCGAUAAUCAGCUCAAACUUAAUGACGAUGUUGAGGCAAGCUCUUCAAGAAGUGGUAGAAUUGCUGGACUGGAGCCUGUCAAUUUUAUUACGUUAGCAACUCCUCAUCUUGGAGUCAGAGGUAGAAACCAGCUACCACUUCUCCUAGGAAUUCCCUUCUUAGAGAAACUUGUUCCUCCAAUCGCCCAUAUCUUUGUGGGCAAAACUGGUAAGGAGUUGUUUCUUACUGAUGGCCAGCCCAACAAACCACCUCUGCUUCUAAGAAUGACAUCAGACUGUGAAGAAGGAAAAUUUCUAGCUGCCCUUGGGGCAUUCAGAUGCCGCACAGUGUAUGCAAAUGUGUCUUAUGACCGUAUCCUAUGCAUCAUCCAAGACAUGGUUGGGUGGCGCACUUCCUCCAUUAGAAGAGAGACAGAACUAAUGAACCCCCCUCGACGAUCAUUGGAUGGUUACAAGCAUGUUGUAGAUGUCGAGUAUUGCCCUCCAGUCUCUACCGACGGCCCCCAUUUCCCUCCAGAAGCAGCAAAAGCCAAAGCAGCAGCACAGAAUGAUCCCAGCAACAAGAAUACAUCAGAGUAUCAUGAACUUAUGGAAGAGGAAAUGAUACACGGUCUGCAGCAGUUGGGAUGGAAAAAGGUGGAUGUCAGCUUUCACUCAGCAUUCUGGCCAUUCUUUGCGCACAACAACAUACACGUGAAAAACGAAUGGUUCCAUAAUGCCGGGGCUGGAGUUAUCGCUCACGUUGCAGAAAGCCUGAAGCAGCAAGAACCCUCUUCGUCCCACUUAACUGCUAGCUUGUAAUCUGUUGAAGUAUGGAAUGGAAGUCAAAGAGAUGAAAACCUCUUUCUUCUACUAGCACUAGGGGUGGAAUACCAGAAUUCCCCAUUAUACGACUAUAGGAUGAGCGUAGUAUAUAGAAUAGAAGCGUCAACAUAUCUAGAGAUCCUAGUGCAGGGGAAGGAUGUAACUAUUUGGAUACCCUGAAAUCAUUAUCAUUGAUUUGCAGCAAAACCUAUUUGCGUUGCAAUUGCAACUGCAACAUCUAUUACCGAAAGCAAAUACGUCGCUUUCUUGCUGCCAUGAUAGCUCUGGAUGUGAGACGAGGGUCAUGGGACGUCAAUCAAUAAUGA